UUUCCACCACCUCAUCCCUCGUCAACUCACCUCACUCCGUCUUUCGGGCCCAACACCUGCGACAGCAUUCAACAUGCCCGAGCCCGUGGCCUCUCUCACCGCAAUUGCCCUCGAGGUAGAGGCUGGAAGCUCGGACGCACUCAACCAGCGCCGUUCACGACGCAUCUAUCUCGGCCCUGAUGUCUUACGCGCGACCAAACUCGCUGCCGGGCAGUGGGUGCUCGUCAAAGCCAAGAAAUCGAGCAGCUUAGGAUGGGUGGUGGGACAAGUGUGGCCACGCGUUGGCUUGGAUGAAGACACCCUCGCGCUCGCCCACGCCCAGCUCGCGAAUCUCGGCGCCUCAGAUGUCGAUGUCUUCCGCUUUCCCCUUGCCGCGUGCAAGGGUAUCGCCAAGACCGUGACUGUCAAAUACAUCGGUCCGAAGAAGGUGGAAGGGGAUGGCAAGAAGCGUGAGACCGAGUGGGAGCGUGCGGCGGUGAAGGAGGCACUCGCGGCCGCCAAGUACGUGGCGACGGGUCUCAAAGUCGCCAUCGGCGAGGACGACCCUACGUACAAAGUCACAAACAUCGAGGUGUCGACCAAGGUCGCCGCAAAGAUUGGCCCUGACGCGAUCGCUAAUGAUCUCGGCGCGCUUUCGCUCGCGGACGCGCCUGUUGUGUAUGAAGCCGAAUGGCGUACGCAAGUAGCCUUUGAGGAAGACAGCAAGGAGACGGGGACUAACAAGGCCGCGGGGAAGCCGUCAUCAGCACCUACGACAACCUCCCUUCCUUCUUACAUCAACAUCUUCACUCCAGCCGAACAGUCCGAGUCGGCUUAUCGACUACUGGGUGGCUUGGACGCGCAGAUCAAGGCCGUCCGCGCACUUCUCGACCUGCCUCUGCAACAGCCUGAGCUUUUCACGCGCUUUGGACUGGCCCCGCCGCGCGGACUUUUGCUCCACGGUCCCCCGGGUACGGGAAAGACUGCACUCGCGCGCGCCAUUGCGUCCUCCACUCCCGGGUGCAGCUGUAUCGUAGUGAACGGCCCGGAGCUCUCUUCUGCGUUCCAUGGUGAAACGGAAGAGCGCCUUCGAGGCGUCUUCGACGAGGCGCGCCGCCGCUCCCCUUGCAUCAUCGUCCUGGACGAGGUCGACGCGCUUUGUCCACGUCGCGAUGGUGGUGAGGGCGGUGAGGUCGAGCGCCGCGUGGUCGCCAUGCUCCUCACUCUCAUGGACGGGAUGACGGCCGAUGCGGGAGAGAAGGUCAUCGUGGUUGCCGCUACCAACCGGCCCAACGCUAUCGACCCAGCACUGCGGCGACCGGGGCGAUUCGAUCGUGAGAUCGAGAUCGGCAUUCCGGACGCUGUUGGACGAAAGCACAUUCUUGAAAUCCUGCUCGCCAAGAUGCCUCACACAAUCACAUCAGAUGAGGUGGGCGCGAUAGCCGCCAAGACGCACGGAUACGUUGGCGCCGACCUGACUUCGCUCGUUCGCGAAGCCGCUAGUGCGGCGAUCACACGGUGGCAUGCCUCUCCUGCUGGCGAGCCCGAGCUCACGCACGCCGAUAUGCUCGCUACCCUCCCCAACAUUCGGCCGAGCGCGAUGCGCGAGGUGUUUGUUGAAACGCCCACCGUGAGGUGGUCAGACAUCGGGGGCCAGGACGAGGUCAAGGCCAAGUUGCGAGAGUGUGUCGAGUGGCCUCUGACUCACGCCGCGACUUUCACUCGCUUGGGGGUGGAGGCGCCCAAGGGCGUGCUCCUGUACGGCCCGCCAGGAUGCAGCAAGACGAUGACGGCGAAGGCGCUGGCGACGGAGAGUGGGCUCAACUUCCUGGCUGUCAAGGGGCCCGAGUUGCUCAAUAAAUACGUCGGCGAGAGCGAGCGCGCCGUCCGCGAAAUUUUCCGGAAGGCGCGCGCGGCCGCCCCUAGCAUUAUAUUCUUUGACGAGAUCGAUGCGUUGGGCGCCAAUCGCGAUGGCGCAGACGGAGUGCACGGCGGCGUCCUCACUUCCCUCCUGAACGAGAUGGACGGCGUCGAGGCACUCUCGGGCGUCACGGUUGUGGCCGCGACGAACCGGCCUGAUGUGUUGGAUCCGGCACUCACCCGUCCCGGACGCCUCGACCGUAUCCUGUACGUUGGGGCACCAGAUGCCCAGACCCGGCGGGACAUCUUCGCCCUCCGCUUCCGCAGCAUGGCCGUCGAGCCGGGCGUGGACCUCGACGAGCUCGCUCGCAUUACCGAGGGCUGCUCUGGCGCAGAAGUAGCCUCCAUCUGCCAGGACGCAGCGCUGGCAGCGAUGAACGAAGACCUCGACGCGCCCUUUGUCAAGAAGGCGCACCUCCUUCACUCAGCGCGUACCGUCAGGAGGCGCAUUACACCCGCGAUGCUCCGCUUCUUCGAGGAGUGGCGCGACCAGUCGGGUGUGCGGAGUGCAUAGAGCGUAGUGUGGGGGAGAUAAGAAUACAUGCAGGGUAUAGCAUUAC